UGCCGCACUUCCGGCCAUAUCGCCGGAUAUCCGCCGAGUGACCCUUACAAGUCCUUCUUGGUCCUGAAGCGGGGUAGCUACCGCUGUUGCUGCUCGGCUUGAAUUCAGAAACGUAGCCGGACAUGGGGCUGGAGGACGAGCAAAAGAUGCUAACCGGGUCCGGAGAUCCCAAGGAGUCUCAUUUUCAGAAAGAAGUGGUGUUAGCCUCAAGAAGUAUACCAUCAAGUUCACCAGGACUCACCACAGCAGCAGACCAGAAAGAGGAAGCGGAGGAGGAGGAAUUAGUGGAUCCCCUGACAACAAUGAGAGAACAUUGCGAGCAACUGGAGAAAUGUGUAAAGGCUCGGGAGCGACUAGAGCUCUGUGAUGAGCGUGUAUCCUCCCGAUCACAGACAGAGGAGGAUUGCACUGAGGAGCUCUUUGACUUCUUGCAUGCAAGGGACCACUGUGUGGCCCACAAACUCUUUACCAGCUUGAAGUAAAUGUGCAGCCUCAUUCGCCCCAGCUUUUGUCACCGGGGCAUCAGGAUAAUUCCUUAUGAUUUUGAACAUGCCAUUUAGUUCUUAUUUGUGUAAGUUCAUGUGAAACUUGUGGAUUUGGGCUUACACAGUAGUCUGUGUAAUUAACAGUAUUCCAUCUUAAUAAAGUCCUAUGAUCUGUAGACCUGUCUCAUCUUUUUUUUUUAGAA